UCUAGUUCUUUAAUAUGUUUUUUUUUUUUUUUUUUUUUCCUUUUCCUUUUUCCUAGUACGCAUGAACUUCUGUUGCUAAUUUUGUAUGUAUUUUUGUGUUUGGUUUUUAGAGUUUUCCGCUGUGUCAAAAGGGAAAUUCCGAGCUUGAUGUAUAGGAAAAACACAUUCAGUAUUUAUUGAUUAUAAAUUUAAGUAAAAAAUUCAACUUUUUUGGUGCCCACUAGUUUGAUUGGUCAGUUCCGAACUAUUCUUUCUAAAUCACUGGUUACUAUAAUAUUGUAUAUUUGGCAUAUAUGAAGUUUGGGUUCGACAAAAGUUACCAUUUUUUGUUAUUAGUUUCAAUUCUGAGCACUUGAUAUGGAAUUAUGUUUGUUUUUACUUUGUUUUUCAGUAUCAUAAAUUUUCUUUUUCCUCUGCUAGAUAACUGCGAUUUGAUAAUUAAUAAUUUAUAGAAAGAAAAAUUAUAUUACAACAUCUAGAUUGUUUUCUUAUUAAAGAGCAAUAGCAUCCCAUUAAUCCCUUAACCUCCUUAAUCAGUCCACCUGCCCCUCCUGUACUGGAUAAGAAAUGAACCAUGCUAUCCGGAGAUUGACCUGACUUCUGAAGGAGGUUAUUAUCUAAGUGGGUUUUGAAUCUCUACGUUCAUAUCCAAGCUUCCUCCAUCAGUUGAGCUGGGCUGCAAUUUGAUUGAUUGGUAAUACUGAUCAACAUCAGAUGCUGUGAUGACUUGUUUCUCUUUCUUGUUCAGAAAAAGGGAAUCUUCCUCAGCUCGACAACCGAGUGAAAUUGAUCAAGGUGUUCAGAAUUUUAGAGUGUACACUUAUAGGGAAUUGUUUACCGCCACUCAAGGUUUCAGUGUAGUAAAUAAACUUGGUCAGGGAGGUUUUGGUUCUGUCUACAAGGGGGUGUUCAAGGAUGGAUCAGUGGCUGCUAUAAAGGUAUUGUCAGCUGAUUCAAGGCAAGGAAUAGAUGAAUUUUUGACUGAAAUAAAUGUGAUUGCAAAUAUAGAGCAUGAUAACUUGGUUAAGCUACAUGGCUGCUGUGUGGAAGGAAGUCAUAGGAUUUUGGUCUAUGGCUAUCUUGAGAAUAAUAGCCUUGCACAAACAUUGCUUGGUGGAGGUCACAGCAGCAUUCAAUUCAGUUGGAAUGCCCGGUCUAAAAUUUGCAUCGGUGUGGCACAGGGCCUUGCUUUCCUUCAUGAGGAUGUCCAGCCACAUAUUAUUCAUAGGGACAUCAAAGCAAGCAAUAUCCUCCUUGAUAAAGAGCUCUUGCCCAAAAUCUCAGACUUCGGUCUAGCAAAGCUUAUUCCACCCAACCAGACCCAUAUUAGUACUCGUGUUGCUGGAACAGCAGGAUACCUGGCACCUGAAUAUGCCAUACGAGGUCAGGUGACAAGGAAAUCAGAUAUCUAUAGUUUUGGCGUUCUGCUUUUAGAAAUUGUUAGUGGGAGGUCCAACACAAACAGGCGGUUACCAGCCAAAGAACAAUAUCUUCUUGAAAGGGCAUGGAAUAAACAUGAGAGGGGAGAGCUAGAAGAGUUGGUGGAUGCAUCAUUAGAUGGAGAUGUCAACAUGGAGGAGGCAUGCAGAUUUCUUAAGAUUGGUCUUCUCUGCACCCAAGACAUGCCAAAACUUCGACCAACUAUGUCCACUGUUGUUAAGAUGCUAACAGGUGAAAUAGAUAUAAGUGACAUGGUCAUAGCAAAACCAGGAUUGUUUUCAGAGUUUAUGGAUAUGAAAGAUAGCAGAAGCGGCAAAGAAAAGGUCAACACAAUAGAUACAUUUGAGACGUUAUCAGGGGGCUCGGGGAAGCUGGCUAAUUCAUCUUCUUCAUCAGGAAACAUUACCACUUCAUUUGCUACCAUGACCUUCAAUUCUAUAUAUGAAAGAAGCAAUUGAGUUGAAUGAAAAAUCCAUUGGCUGUUGUUUGGUUAGCAUUUUAAAAGUUUUUUUCUUUAUUAUUUUCUUUUUUCAUUUUCAUUUUCUUCUUUUGCGGUAAGAGGGGAUGGACAAAAAUCAUUAGAGUUUUGCUUCAGAAAGUUGACCCAAGGUACUUCCUAAAAUGCUAAACCAAGCAACACCUUGUGCAAUUCCUCCUCGUAUGACUACAUUUGGUGUGAAUAUUUCUUUUUAUAAAAAAUCAAUUAGAUUUAGUUCUUGAAUCCGCUUGAAUUUGUUAUAAAGGGGCGGUACUGUAUUGGUUGUAAAAAAAGGUCUUGUCAAACCAUAGGCAGAGAAUUUUUUGUGGAAUGAAUGCACUGUAUUCAAUUGGUUUGUGUA